GAGGAGUGAGUCAGUGUGUCCGUGAGCGGGGUGGUAGUAGCUCCUGCGUCCCCAGUCAUGGCUGUCGACUUCACAGCCACGUACAAGGUGUUGGUCAUAGGCGAUGUAAACGUGGGGAAAACUUGUCUAGUUCACAGGUUUUGUGACGAGAGAUAUUAUGACACGUACAUAUCCACAGUGGGCAUUGACUUCAAGCAAAAAAUCGUCAACUUAGAUGGAGUUCCUAUAAAGCUGCAAAUAUGGGACACGGCAGGGGAGGAGCGGUUCCGCACACUCACCACCGCUUACUACAGGGGUGCGCAGGGCAUCGUGUUGGUGUAUGACGUCACUAACCUGGACUCCUUCAACCACCUCUCCUACUGGCUUAGAAACAUUGAGGAGAAUGCGUCCCCCGAGGUGGUGAAGGUGCUGGCGGGCAACAAGUGCGAGGUGACCACCCAGCAGCGAGCCGUCGACAAGGAGAGAGGGUUGAAGCUGGCAGAGAACUUUGACAUGCCGUUCUUCGAGGUGUCGUGUCGAGGUGACGUGAUGGUUCAAGACACCUUCCUCACCCUCGCCAGGCUUAUAAGGGACCUCAGACAGAGACGGGCCAGCUUGUUUGAGGAACGCGAGCGGCAGAACGAGGCGGUCAAACUGGAAGCUGACGAGAAGAGUGAUGGCAGCUCCCUUUGCUCCUCGUGCUGAAGUACUCCAAGCCACCCUAACCCUUACUAACACCUCUCAUUCUUAUCCAUUCAUCCCUCUGUCCCUCCCUGAGACCACCGCGUGUGUGCUGCCAGCUAAGGUCUAGUACGCUGCUCGUGUGUCCUCCGCCUGCCACGCACACCGCCGCUCAUCACCACCACCUCCACCUCCACCGUGCACUAGUGCCCUGCUUCUACCAUUGGGAUGGAUAGCGGCGUAGCGUGAAGACUUCUGGGUUAUGUUUUUGUUUAUAUCUGUCGUGAGAGAGAGAGAGAGAGAGAGAGAGAGAGAGAGAGAGAGAGAGAGAGAGAGAGAAUUUUCUUCGCGAGAACACCAUUAUUAGAACUGACUGAUUGGUAACACUGACUACGGUGAGUUCACUAUGUAACUUCGCGCCCUUAUAUACAAGACUAUACACCUUUCUAAUUUUAUAAGAUACUACUCUACCUACUCAUGUACAUAGCAAUCCUUAUAGUGCUUUAACACAGCUGGUAUAUAUAUAUAACGCAUGUAUUUAUAAGGCAACAAACAUAUGAAUGCAAGUACAGACCGGUAUACACUAAAAGAUUUAACGAUUCAUGAUAGUUCGCAGCGUUAUUUUCGUUUGGCAUUCACGUAUAGCAUCUGGCGGCGUCUGAUGUGAGUGCAUGUAUGUAUAUAACACAACCACAGGGUCAUCGUUUUUGUUGUUGUUUGGGUUUGGUUUUAGUCGAAGCAAUAGGCACGUUUUCCUAUCACCUGACAAGCAUUGGUCGUCACUCGUCUGUGGAAAAAAUGCAAUACUUGUUUUCCUGGGCCAUAUUCCGAAGCACUUCUGGGCCGCACCUCCGCUACUUUCAAAAGGCUCUAUAGUUAAAGUGACACAGGGGUUUUCAGUGUGUGUUUUUUUAUGGGUUUUAGUGACAAGUGGACAUAAUUUGUACAUUAAUAAAAGGAAAAAAAAGCAGUCUUGAUAACCCGGCUUAUCAUUUAUGUGGCCUUUGAAAAUAGUCGUGGUGAGAGAGCAAAGCAUUUCUGAAUACGUGCCCCAAAGCGAUGAGAGACGUGAGACUGCCCUUGUCCCCUCGCGACCCGCACACCUCCUCACUGCUCCCGCCUGCACCUCCACACCAUUGCCCUGCCGUCACUUAAUAGGUUCGUAUUCUCAAACAUUUUAUCUUCAUCUUGAUCAUUUCUAAAAGCUUCAAUGGAAGUUACUGGUGAUAUUAUGUGUUUUUUUGGUCCCAGGAAUAUUUUAGCAAGGAUUCAGCAUUACUAACGUGGAUAAAAUCGUGAGAACCAGUCAAAUUAUGUUCGUAGUCUUUGAAAAUAGUUAUCAGAGCGUUCAGAAAUACAAGUCAGUAAGUUUGGCUUGAUAAAAAUAAAUUCGUUCUUAUCUCGUCAACUUUUUACAGGUUUUGUAAAGUAGAAGUUGUUGGGAAGUUUCUAUGAUUGAUAUUUUUCUCUGAUUCUGGUGAUAAUUGAGCAAGGAUGACUGUGGAAAAAAAAUAUUUGAGAAACCAAUCAAGCUUAUUUGUGGCCUUCGAUAACAGUGUUGACGAGAGGCCAUAGUGCUUUAACGAUGCGACUCUCACCAAGACACGCGUUCCACAGCUGAAGUAAUGCAGAUCAGUGUUAAUCCACCGUUUCAUAAUGACGCAUAUUUUCGUAAAUCACUAACUGAGGGCCAGACAAUAUUACAGCAAAAUAUUACAUCACUGCGUUUCACUAAUACAUCUAACUCAAUGACAAUAAGGAAUAGAUAUUAUGUGAUAUGCUCCAGUCAGUCAGGCAGGCAGUUAGUUAAAAGGUGCUGCUACCAAAGAACCGCCUUGUAAUGGUGAAUUUGUGUAUUAUACAUUAUGUCAGAAGUCUGGUGAUCUGAAUUUGCUGUCAAUGUGUUUAGUGUUUUCUUUCGAUCCAGUCUUUUGAUCUUACAAUCUUGCAAAGGCUUACCCACUGAUUGAUUCCAAGCAAAUCAGGGGAGUUAUGAUUGAGAGUAAGGUAUACACAGUGACAGGGUACUCGACCAUUGAGCUCUGCUACAGUUGGAGUGACGGCGGUGUAUAUAGCAGCUUGACGACGAUGGCGACGGGAGGCUGGCGGCGGGGGAUGUCGGGCUGGCACGAGUCACACACCACGUACUGAAUCACUACAAAGCCUAUUUCUCUUUAGCUCUGAAUUAGUGGACGUGUUGUGCAGUGCGAUGUGGUUUCCUUUUGUAUAUGAUCUAGGUCUGUAUUCGUAAACGUUUCGAUAUCUUAUCUUGACUACUUUCAACAGGCUGUGGUGAAAGUUAUUUUGAUUUUCAAGGGUGUUCCAAUAGUUCUAGCGAUAGUUCAGCAAGGUUUCUGUACCUACAAAAGGAACACUUCUAUGAUAAUCCGAUCAAUCAUCUGUGGCCUUUGAGAACAGUCCCGGUGAGAGAACAAAGUGUUUAAGAAUACAAGCCAUAAUGUAACAUAAUAUGCUACUGUGCUUUCAAAGUAUUGCAAUGGAGUCUGGGAUGUAACUGAAUUUUUAGAUACUAUUCAUAAGAUAUUUUUAAUAACUUGAUUGUAUAAUAGAUUUACUGUGUGAUGAAAACUUUUCUCCACGUUUUUCUUGUUCAUUCAUGUACAUGUAUGUGCUGCGCUAGGAGUGUCUUAUAGAGCCGCUGAUCAGUUCACACUCCACACCCAUGGUUGGAAUCAGGGGCCGUAUUCUCAAAUGUUGCCGUGUCUUAGUCUGACUAAUUUCAACAAGCUGUGGCGGAUGUUGCUGGAUGUUCAAGAGUGUUCUCAUGAGUCUAAAUGUAGACUGGUGAGGAUUCUGCAUCAUCUCUGAGAAAACACCCAUGAGAUCCCGACUUGUUCCAGUGGCUGUUGAAAAUAGCCCUUAUGAGAGUCCAAAGCGUUUCAAAAUACGGUCCCUGAUUAACUGACCUAACUUACUGAACCUCUACAUACACGUGUAUUCCCUCCUCACCUACAUAUUUGGUCGUAUCAUAAAUUUACAUUUAAUUAACGGAGUUGAAAUCAGAUCAACUGGUCUAACGUCCUGCUGAACCUCAUUGUACGUACACACACUGUCGCUCUUUCUCGACAUGGACAUUUUUGACCGAUGAAAUUACACACCAACAUCGAGUGUGUGAGUUUGACGCGUCUAAUAAACAGGUAAAGAAAAAUGCAGGCUGCUGAUACGUAUGCACGUAGUGGCGCACUUCAAUCAUUGCCUCGUGAGGACAGAAACUAAAUCUUGAGGUGAAGGUAUUCAUACAAAUGCAGACUGAGGAACAUUGAAGCAGGCUUUUAUCACCUCGCCUUCAUAGACUUACGGAAAAAAAAAAAAGAUAAACCUGUGAAUGUGAUUUGUGCUAGGUGGAGGUGUUCCGUUGCACACUCAUGGGGAAUAAUUAUCUUUUUUAGAAUAUAUUUUGUUAAUGUUUUUGUAAAAAUGUGUAUAGCAACAGAUAUAUUAGUGUCUCUUAGUGUGUUUAAGAGUUUAUUUCCGUGCGUGAUUUUUCUCUCUUGUUUUGGUAUUUCAGAAAAUGGUGGAAAUUGUUUAUGUAUUAAGUUCAUGCCUUAGAGUCGUUAUGCCAAAGUCGUGGAUGUACGGUACAGUCGUGUUCAGAAGCACAGUAACAUACCAUGGUCACUGUCUCUGUGUUUUGCGUGUUCCGUGAAUCUCAAGGCGUCUGAUUUGCUAACAAUCUCAUUACAAAACUCAACCAUUGAUAGAUUCUUAGCAGGUCAGAAGGUUUGAGACUGAAGGAGGCUAAACACAGAGGAUGGAAGUGCUUUACAUUACUUUCCUUUUGACCGUGACUAUACCAGGCACAAAACAUUCUCUUCCUUGGUCUUAAGUGAAUGGUACCUUAAUGUUAGCCCUGGACGCAACAUCCCUGCAGCCGUAUUCUCAAACGUUUUAGUGUCUUAUCUCGUUGACCUUUAACAGUCUCUAGAAGUUAUUAGGAUCUUCAAGUACGUUUUUUCUUUAUUAUUCUCGUGAGAGUUUAACAGAUAUUCUGUAUGACUUAUGGGGAAGCUACCCACGAGAACACAAUUAAUAGUUUCGGUGGCCUUUAAAAACAAUCCUUAAGAGAGUCCAAAGCAUUUGAAAAUAUUGGCCCAGCUGCGCAGCGAAGUGACAAGGUGAACUUACCCCAGCAGCCUUUACUGCUGCGCCACGCUGCACACAGUGCCCGAGAAAAAGAGAAAUACAUAUUAUUUAUUAUGAAAGGAGUCUAAUUGUAUUUUUGUUUUAUCUGAGGUAAAAGUGUAGAAAUGACAAUGAUAAAACUAUGAACGUGAGUCGUUAGCACGCCGACGCACACUUCUGGAGCUCCUCACCCAAGAUAUAAAGAAAUAAAAUACUUUCUCAUCUUUCCUAUCUUACAAACCGUGAAACAUUACGUGCGGCAAUUGGUUUGUGAUCUAAUGCAAGUUGAACGAGUCCAUUAAAGCGUCCCAUGUAUACCCUGCAGGGAAUCAUUCACGAGAGCAUUUUGAUGGCACAGUGCUGCCCGAGGGACGAGAGUGACCACAGCGAGCAGACCUCCUUGCUGCCACGGACGCUGCCCCCUCAAAGCACUGUGGCACCAGGCAGCUCUGACACUUCACUACACCUUCAAUAUUUCACACUACAUUCAUUAAAGAAUUCAAUACAGUUAAUUAGAUAUUUCAAUGGUUUCAUUAUACCAGUCUUCUAUGAUAUGUUACGACGCAUAUAUUCAGAACCUCGCAUUUUGAAUGAUUUUGUCAUCUAAAUUUCACCCUACCCAAUCUAUUAUGUAUAGUCACGUCUCCAAGCAAUACAUAAAGACAAUACACUCAUGAUCCAUCGCUGACACUCAAUCACCUCGGUAGCUUUUUAGGCUGAUGACCGUGUGUGUGUUGCUGAGCCUUGAGGCGACGCGCAUUGAACCCACCCACCAGACAUGGUUGUCUCUAUCCAGCCUUUAUAUUAUCAUCUGACUGUGAACCACUCGGCCUCCUCCACACUCAGAGACGCCAGGCAUCUUCUGAAUAAAAACUUGAGAUAUUGUUUA